AUGUCGGGCUACCCGGGCUACAACUCUGGCCGCUACGGCGGGCAGCCGCCGCAACAACCCCAAUACCAGGGCAACUAUUACCCGUGCGACCCCCUCUCAAUGCCCAUCCCCGCCUCAAUCACCGCCGAACCCAUCGUCGUGAUGACGCUCGGCGUGUUUCAUCUCCCGCAUCGUCUGCUCUCUUCUCCUCAGCAGCCGACCUACGCCAGCGGCCAUGCUCCCCAACAGGCCUACCAUCAGCAACAGCCCAGCUACGGCUACCAGCAGCCUCCCCCGCAACAACAAUACGGCUACCAACAGCAACCGCCACAGCAGCACCAAGGCCACUACCGGCCUCAGCAGCCGCAGCCAAACUACCAGACACGUCCUAGCGGCGGCAAUCCUCAAGCCCCUCCCUCAGCCCCCCAGCAGUUCGGCCACGGCGCCCCCAACGGCUAUGCCUUCCAAUAUUCGAAUUGCAGCGGCCGGAGAAAAGCAUUGUUGAUCGGAAUCAAUUACUUUGGCCAGCGCGGCCAGCUCCGCGGCUGCAUCAAUGAUGUUCGCAACAUGACGGCUUACCUCGCCGAGCACUUCGGAUACAAGCGAGAAGACAUGGUCAUUCUCACCGACGACCAGCAAAACCCCAUGAGCCAGCCCACCAAGCAGAACCUCUUGCGAGCCAUGCACUGGCUGGUAAAGGACGCCCGACCUAACGACUCGUUGUUCUUCCACUACUCAGGUCACGGUGGACAGACCAAGGACCUCGACGGCGACGAGGACGAUGGGUACGACGAGGUCAUCUACCCCGUCGACUUCAGGCAGACCGGCCACAUCACCGACGACGAGAUGCACCGCAUCAUGGUCCGCCCCCUGCAGGCCGGCGUUCGACUUACUGCCAUCUUCGACUCCUGCCACUCUGGUACCGCCCUCGACCUGCCCUACAUCUACUCUACCCAGGGUAUCCUCAAGGAGCCCAACCUGGCCAAGGAGGCUGGCCAGGGUCUGCUGGGCGUCAUAUCCUCGUACAGCCAGGGUGACCUCGGCGGUGUUGCGAACAACAUCCUCGGUUUCAUCAAGAAGGCGGCUAACGGUGACGAUGCUCGCGACCGUACUAUUGCCACCAAGACCUCUCCUGCCGAUGUUGUCAUGUGGUCUGGCAGCAAGGAUGACCAAACUUCUGCCGAUGCCACUAUCGCCUCGCAGGCUACCGGUGCCAUGUCCUGGGCCUUCGUCAGUGCCCUCAAGAAGAACCCCCAGCAGAGCUAUGUCCAGCUCCUCAAUAGUAUUCGUGACGAACUCGCAACUCGCUACACGCAGAAGCCGCAGCUCUCCUGCAGUCACCCUCUUGACACGAACGUCCUGUUCGUCAUGUAAUAUAUAUACCUGAGGGCGUCUGCCUUGUAUAUGGAAACUUAAAUAUCUCGAGCGCGCCCCCUUGGCGGUUGUCCCUGUGUGAUGUCAGUGACUUGAAUCCAGGACACUGAGCUUUGAGCUUGGGAUAAGCGAGGUGGGGAAGAUUAAAUACCCGGCUUAGUGUCAGGGUGCUACGACGGGAGGUUAUUUGCCGGUUGGGAUUUUUGCAUUGUUUUGCUGGUUUUGCGGGGGUGACGCACCAGGGUCUCUCGUUGGGUUGGUUGUCUUCAGUCUUUGCGGGUCAUUAUAUGCUCAUCACCAUCAUCAUCAUCGAAUUGGACCGGUUGUUCGUUCAGCGUGGGU